CACAGCGCCGCUGCUGCCAUCUUGAAGAGUCGUGUUGCUAGUGGGGAAAGGGGGAAGCGAAACCGAGUGCGACAUUAAUCCGCGUUCAUCUGCUCUCCCGUUCGCCCUUCGGAGGAUUUCGGCGUCGCGACGCAACCUGUGACCCUCGCUUAUUAUGGCGGAGACGGACAAGCUCAACAUCGACAGCAUCAUCGCCAGAUUAUUGGAAGUGAGGGGGUCUCGUCCAGGAAAAAAUGUUCAGCUGACAGAGAAUGAAAUCAGAGGCUUGUGCCUGAAGUCACGAGAAAUUUUCCUAUCACAGCCAAUUCUUCUGGAGUUGGAAGCUCCCCUUAAAAUAUGUGGUGACAUCCAUGGACAGUACUAUGACCUCCUCCGAUUAUUUGAGUACGGAGGCUUCCCGCCAGAGUCCAACUACCUGUUUUUGGGCGACUACGUGGACCGUGGAAAACAGUCGCUUGAAACCAUAUGUCUCCUCCUAGCUUAUAAGAUAAAAUACCCAGAAAACUUUUUCCUGCUCAGAGGUAACCAUGAAUGUGCCUCCAUCAACAGAAUCUACGGCUUUUACGAUGAAUGCAAACGACGGUAUAACAUCAAAUUGUGGAAGACCUUCACAGACUGUUUCAACUGUUUACCUGUGGCAGCAAUUGUCGACGAAAAGAUCUUCUGUUGUCACGGAGGAUUGAGCCCCGACUUGCAAAGCAUGGAGCAGAUCAGGCGUAUCAUGAGACCAACUGACGUUCCUGACCAGGGUCUCCUCUGUGAUCUCUUGUGGUCAGAUCCUGACAAGGACACCAUGGGAUGGGGUGAGAAUGACAGAGGUGUCUCCUUCACCUUUGGAGCAGAAGUUGUUGCAAAGUUCUUACACAAGCAUGAUUUCGACCUUAUUUGCCGAGCCCAUCAGGUCGUUGAAGAUGGAUAUGAGUUCUUUGCGAAGAGACAGUUAGUGACACUUUUCUCAGCUCCAAAUUACUGCGGCGAGUUCGACAACGCUGGCGCCAUGAUGUCCGUGGAUGAAACACUCAUGUGCUCUUUCCAGAUACUUAAGCCGGCGGACAAAAAGAAGUUCCCCUACGGUGGCUUGAACACUGGCCGUCCCGUGACGCCGCCGCGAGGAGCUGCCAAUCAGAAGAACAAGAAGAAAUAGAAAUCUUAACAGUAUUUCUUAGGUUUGGUGAGAGCCAAAGUAUUGUAAUCUAAUUGGUUGGCCUUCAUUUAUCCUAUUUAUUUAUGCUCUUCUUAAGGAUAGACUUAUAAGUUAUUACAGCAAUAGAAGAUUAUUCUGUGGAUAAUGGGUUGGCCAGCAUUUCUUGAUGAAAAAAAUUCUUUUAGAUAUCUUUAGUUGCUUUAACGAUUCAAGUUAUGAACACAGACUGACACUUCACAUUUUCAUACCAGCACUUUUUUAUUUUAUUUUUUUUUUUCCCCUUCCAAAAAGAAUUUCUCAUAUUCGUUUCAGCGUCAGUUCAACUCGACAUCUGUUUCAAGUAACUUGGAAGAUGUGAGAAUUCAUUUUUAAGUUCAUUUUAUAAGUUUUAUGCUUGCGUCAUUAUGGACAUUUGCAGUAAUCAAAGAUCUAUCUGACCUUUUUAUUUUUGAAUCCUUUGGGUGCAUAACUGUGUUUACCUUCUGCACACAUUAGGAUAUGCGCUUGAAAACAUUCAGGGCAAGACAUAACAGGCAUAUUGCCUGCAUUUAUUCAGACAUGUCUUUAUUAUAAAGUAUUCAUACACAUCCAAACCUGUAGCUGUAUGUAUAUCGCAGGCCCGGGAGUCAGCCAUAUAGUUUUCAUUUCAGCCGCGAUUCGUGGGGCUGCCGCCGCAGGUCAAACUUGAUUACAACCUCAAUAAAUAGGUGGUCGUUGAACACGGAGCAAAGUUUUUCUAGCGUCUGAAAGCCAUCUAUUUUCUACGGUUAUACAUAUGUUGGGAUAAUGUUGCAACUGUGAUUUUCAGUGAAUUGGUUAAAUAUAUGCUUCUAUGUGAAAAGUCUGACUUUUCUCGAUACAGUGUGAAAUUGUGCGUUUAUAUACAUACGGUGCAUACAAAAUGUAUGCGUGCGACAUAUAUUCAGUCAGGUAUACCUAAUGUGUAUGCGAGUAUAGUAUGUACAGUUAUGUAUAUUUGCUGUGUAUAUAAAGUGUCUUUGUAUGCAACCCAGGUAUGUAUAUAGACACAGAUACAUAUAUGUAUGUCUACACAUGUUGUGUGUAAUGCCAUACAUAUAUGCUUAUAUAUGUGAAUGAAAUGAAUUAAAAAAAUAUCAGUGUGUAAAUAGUCACGGUAUUUAAUCACCUAUAAGCAUUUACGACUGUCCUUGUAUAAACUUGUAGGGCCCAAAGAUUAUAAGUUCUGGAGCAGCCUCUGUAUAGUUUAGAGAGCCUGCUUGCUAGGUUCAUGUACAAAUGCCCGUUUGCUGUAGAGUCAUGUAAAAAAAAGUUGAAAAAGAAGGCAAGAGGAGGAGCUGAGCUGGCUUCGCCCGAAGCUGGCACUCCUCGAAAAGGCUUAACUUUUCAGAAGACAGACAGUCAUCGCAGUGGUAGUUCAGGAUUCCACUCAGCCUUUGUACCCCUCAAACAAAACCGAUAGGAUACCUCGGUCAGUUUUCAGUUUUCUUUGCGUGAAAGGUGGGUCAAACUCGCUUGGAGAGGUGUCGUGGUCGUGGCGAAAUAUUCUUGCAGCUCAAAUAUGGUAAUAGUGUUUUAUUUGUAAAAUCUGGUUUUGAGAGUAAUUGGUGCCCGUUUUGCCACAGAGUUUUGUGCUCGAGGAAUCUGACUCUACGUCGCCUGUAUUUCAAAAUGCUACACCAGCUGACCUACCACUGCAUCUCUGUCCAAAUGUAUUCUUAUAUUUGGUGCAAAUUGAAUGUGGAAUUGGGUUUCUCCCUUUCCUUUUUCUGUCUUUUUAAUUUUUCCCCUUUGUUUGGGUAGCACUUUUUUUAUUAUUUUUUUUCCCCCUUUUUGUUGAAUGCAUGGGAUGGCUGUGUGGAUAAAGGAAAAAAUUCCGUGUGUAAAAGGAACAUUCUUGGUGUAGUGAAUUCUGUCUCUUUCUCAGUCUCGAUAGGACGCUGUUUAUAGUCUGAAGCAUUGAUUGGAAAAUGUAUUAAGCCCUUAGGCGAGGUGUGUCCUCAUUCUGCGGCGUGAAGUACACUUGUGUGUGUAUGCCUGGAUUGUAACACGAGAGGCCGAGAAGUUGCAUGCCUGUCCGCCCACUAACAACAGUUCAAACUGAUUUAGUGCGCACCCUGCUAUGCUCUGGGGACGCUAGUGGCCUGUGCGCUGUGACACUUCUCUCCUCUGUUUAGGAAAGCAUUUUCUGUUGACCUUGUCGUCCAUCUUUUUUGCUUUCAGGUAAUUACGAAAUCUACUGUACUGUAAAUCAUUGUUUCUGGAGUGUAAGGUUGAUUAUAUAUCUCAAUUUCUUUUUGUAUUAUCAUUAUAGCCAACUGUUAAUAUUAACCAGUAUCAUUUAUACUGGAUGUAUAUUAAUACAGUAUUAUAAUUUUCUCAUGAAUGUGGCUGUCCUAUUCAUUUGGAUCGUUUUGGUGUUUGCAACCUUCCCAAUGAAUUACGAGCAUUCAUUGUUUUAAAUCUUUUGAAGAAUUUUAUUUUGGAAAUAGGGAGAGCUUUACCCACAAUGGAUUGUAAGAAAAAUCAUUAGAUCAUAAAUGAAAAAGUGAUUUCAAGCCCCAUAGAAGGAAAAGUAAUAAAAAUGGAAAAAUGAA